CCAGAAACAGAUCUGAGGUUGACUCCACUUCAGUGCUCUUCCUAUUAAUUAGCCAUGGAGGAGGGUUCAAAUAGUGGCCUCCUCUCUCCUUUCUUCUAGCAAGAAAUGAACAGAACUGAGACCAAACAGAACAUGUUGAAUAAAUAUUGAAAUCCUGGCUAGGCAUGGUGGCUCACGCCUGUAAUCCCAGCACUUUGGGAGGCUGAGGCAGAUGGAUCACGACGUCAGGAGUUUGAGACCAGCCUGGCCAAUAUGGUGAAACCCUGUCUCUACGAAAAAUACAAAAAUUAGCCCAAUGUGGGGGUGUGUGCCUGCAGUCCCAACUACUCUGGAGGCUGAGGCAGGAGAAUUGCUUGAACCUGGGAGGCAGAUGUUACAGUGAGCCAAGAUGUGCCACUGACUCCAGCCUGGGCAACAGAGCCAGACUCUGUCUCAAAAACAAAAUAAAAGAACUCCUGAUACUUCAGGAGGGCCAAAAGAUUAAAGUUACCCUGUUUCGUGGAAUGGGAUCACACUUUCAGAGUCACUGGGUGUGGUGGCUCACACCUGUAAUCCCAACACUAGCAGGCAGAGGCAAGAGGAUUGCUUAAGCCCCAAUUCAAGACAGCCUGGGCAACAAAACGAGACUCUGUCUCUACAAAAAUAAAAUAAUUAGCCAAGUAUGGUGGGGCGCGAUUGGAGUACCAGCUACUAGGGAGGUUGACCAGGGAAGAUCCCUUGAGCCCAGGAGUUCGAGGCUGCAGUGAGCCGAGAUCACACCACUGCCCUCCCGCCUGGGUGACAGAGCGAGACCCGGUCUAUUUAAAAAAAAAGAAAGAAAGAAAAGAACGUUAAGGGUCUAAUUUCCCUUUCUCCCUUUGCCAGGUAGGAGAAGGGUAUAGAGAGUGACCUGGCCUGGAAAGGGAGGCAGCGGUAGCUGUAGUAUUGACCCCUGUCCUUUAAAAUUCCUAUUCCAGCACAAUUUCCCAGAAGUUUUCUAGGUGGCCUCAGACUCCACCCCUUCUGUCUUCAGCUUCUGGUUUCCGACUGUACCGUUUAAAUCUCGCGCGCUUUACAAUGAUUGGCUACGUUCGCGGGUGGUUGGCCGUCUGCCCGCUACCCCUCCUUUUCGCCUUUUCUCCCCGGGCAAAAGGUUUUCAAAUUUAACCAAUCGACGGGCGCGCUACCUCAGCAGAGGCGCGACACCCAAGGGUUAAUCGCAACCAAUCGGAGGAGGGUACUGGAGAAAAGGGCCAAUCAGGAGGGUGCGGAGGUGUGUCCUGGGGGCCUAUAAAAACGGCCUCUCGGCGCGCGCGCGCGACAGCAGUUGGACUGCGGAGAGUGUUUGUCCUGGUGUCUCUGAGCCGUUGAGCUUCGCCGGUCUACCUCGCUAGCAUGUCGGGCCGCGGCAAGACUGGCGGCAAGGCCCGCGCCAAAGCCAAGUCGCGCUCGUCGCGCGCCGGCCUCCAGUUCCCCGUGGGCCGCGUACACCGGCUGCUGCGGAAGGGCCACUACGCCGAGCGCGUUGGCGCCGGCGCUCCAGUGUACCUGGCGGCAGUGCUGGAGUACCUCACCGCUGAGAUCCUGGAGCUGGCGGGCAAUGCGGCCCGCGACAACAAGAAGACGCGGAUCAUCCCCCGCCACCUGCAGCUGGCCAUUCGCAACGACGAGGAGCUCAACAAACUGCUGGGCGGCGUAACUAUCGCCCAGGGAGGCGUUCUGCCCAACAUCCAGGCCGUGCUGCUGCCCAAGAAGACCAGCGCCACCGUGGGGCCGAAGGCGCCCUCAGGCGGCAAGAAGGCCACCCAGGCCUCCCAGGAGUACUAAGAGGGCCCGCGUCGCGGCCGGCCGCCAGGCCUCCCCAUGCCACCACAAAGGCCCUUUUAAGGGCCACCACCGCCCUCACGGAAAGAGCUGAGCCACUUCAGACUGCGGAGCAAGCGGGCCGCGGCUCCCGCCUCCCUGCCCCUCCCCUCGCCCACCGCCCGUCCUGGAGUCCCCGUCCGCCCCCACUCGUGGCCCGCGCCCCCUGCCGCGUCGGCCUCGGGCCCUGCCACGUCCGCCGGCCGCUCUCCGGCAGGGCUCGAGCGGUCCGGAAACGGCUAGGGCGCUCUGCGGGGACCGCCGUGGCGCGGAGGACCCGAGCCUGCCGGGGGGAGACCGGCGACGCCGCACCUGCCCGCCUCGGCGCUCGUGACUCAGCCGCCCGAUCCUGAGUCGCCGAGGGGCUGCGGGGAGGCCGCAGCACCUUCUGGAAGACUUGGCCUUCCGCUCUGACGCAGGGCCGAGGUGGGCAGCCCAGGCCCAGAGGCCGGCGGCCCUGAAGGUCUGCGCUGGGGCCGGGACGAAACACCUGGUAACAGGCACAUCUUCCUCCCGAGUGACUGCCUCCUAGGAGGACAUUUGGGGGAGGGUGGAGGCCUGCAGUUUGGCUUCACGGCUGGCUAUGUGGACAGCGAGAGUCGUUUUCGCGGAAGCCAACUGGCAGCCAGGCCUGUCGGGCCUCCCCACGCUGCCCCAUGUCCCUUCCAGCAAACUCGACUCGGCAAUCCAAGCACCUAGAUACCAGCACAAGUCGGUUAAUCCCUGUCUGGACUGAGCCUCUGUUGGCUUUCGAACUGGAAUUUUGCAGCUAACCCUUACAACACUAGAACCUGAGGCAUUGGGGAGUUUUAGAUGGACUAAUUUUAUUAAAGGAUUGUUUCUUUUUUAAA